AUGGCUUCCUACUGCAAACAACAUGUCCAGGCCGGCAUGCCUAAGGGGACUGUUGAGCACAUUAAGUAUUAUCCAGACAACACAUAUUUUUUCUUAUGCAGUGAUGCUCAACCAAGUUCAUCAUCUACUGAUGGAGUCUUGCCACAAGGGCCAAACCAGACCAAGCAGCAGGUACCUUGGCCAAGCUACAAAACAGUUUUUGCUUAUGCUGGAAGUCCUUUCAUGUCACAUCUAGCAAGUCUCGUGAGAGACAACCAUAACAGAGUUGCUCCGAGGACAACUCCUGUUGGAGUCAAACCCGACAUUGACCUGGCCCUACGGUUGGGUCCCGCUCUUCGUACGUCUGAUGGCUCCACCAUACAGGCCGGUUGGAUGACAAUCUGGUGGCUAGAUUCAAGAAGUAGUGCUGACUACAUGGUGACAACUCCAAGGAGGGAAAUGCUGAUCAAUGGGCCAUGGGAUAAAAUAAAGGAAGAAUCUAGAGCUUCUGUUAUGAAUAUUUAUACUUUUGUUACAUCUAUCUUUUUUGAAUAA